AUCUUUCUCCCAAACUUCUCUAUCCCCUCUUUCUUCUGUAUAUUACUUUAAAAAAAUUUCUUUUGGAAUAGUAAUAUUUUUGAUUUUGUUGAAGUGAAAAAAAAGGACACAAAGAAGAUUUUGUGUUAACAUAUAUAUAUGAAGGAAGAUAUUGGAGGUGUAUCAGUGAAAAUGGAGGAUGGAAUAGUAGAAAAAAAUGAAAAAGUUGGUUAUAUGAAAAAAGUGAUUAUAAAAAAGAAGAAACAUUAUCAUAGUAGCAAAGUUAAGAAGCCAAUUUCAAAUAAAGCACUUCAGAAGCUAUUUGUCUCAUGCAUGGAAACAUUCAAAGGACCUGAUACUGUUCCUUCAACAAAACAUGUUCACAAACUAUGUCACAUUCUUGAUAACAUGAAGCCAGAAGAUGUUGGACUAAGUAAAGAAAUACAAUUCUUCAAAGCAGAAAACAAUGUCAAAGAAAAUCCAAGAGUCACAUACACAACCAUAUACAAAUGUGACAAUUUUUCACUAUGUAUAUUUUUCCUACCUACAAAUGGUGUGAUUCCACUUCAUAACCAUCCAGGAAUGACUGUUUUCAGUAAGCUUCUAUUGGGACAAAUGCACAUUAAGUCUUAUGAUUGGGUUGAUCCUGAUGUCUCUCACAAUUUGUUGAACCAACCAUCUCAAUUGAGGUUGGCAAAGUUAAAAGCUAAUAAAGUAUUCACAUCACCAUGUGACACUUCAGUGUUGUAUCCAAAAAGUGGAGGAAACAUCCAUGAAUUUACAGCCAUAACUCCAUGUGCUGUUCUUGAUGUUAUUGGACCUCCUUAUUCUAAAGAUGAUGACAGAGAUUGCUCUUACUAUAAAGAUCAUCUUUACACUGCUUUUCCAAAUGGAGAGAUUGCUGAAUUGAAAGAAGAAAAUGAGAGCUAUGCAUGGUUAGAAGAAAUUGAGAUGCCAGAAAACUCUCAAAUGGAUGGAAUUGAAUAUUUGGGUCCUCAAAUUAUAGAGACUUAAUUCCCUAUAAAAUCAUAUCUAUGUUUAUUUAAUUGCAUGUAUUUCAAUGUAUUUCAUAGCUAGCAAACCUUCUUAGAUCAUGUUCUUUCUUAAUGUGCAUUUAACAUAUUUGUUGGUUUCUUUUGUCUAA